AUGAGCGAGGCAAGGCGAUUACUGGAAACAGCCAUCGAACAACAAAACGAGCGAAUAUACCUGGCAAAAACCAUCACCGAAGCAUGGGAUGCUCAAGUAGCCCGGCACGACGACACACCUGAUGAGACAAAAGUCUCCGACAUCGACCGCGCCCGCAAAAGACAAAUGUUCUGCGCAUGGCAAAUCAUCGGCCUAUCACGCCUAAGCCUAUGCUACUCGUCCAUGGCCCAGCUCGCCCAUAUGAAGGGUUCCCAGACCGACGCGGACGACGCCCAAAGGCAAGCAAUCCAAGCCGCGCCCGAUGCCGUAUUACUAAGUCCAGGCCAACAAGACUCGUCAGUGGUCGCCUUUGCUCACUUCUUCUAUGGCUGUGCUCUGCUGGCCAAUGGCCGGAGGAAAGAAGCAAUAGAGCACUUCAACGUGCGAUCUGACCCGCGAUCGAACCUGCCCGGCGUCUUCCAGGGCCUCCGCACUCAAUUCCGCGCUCAGUUCGGAGGAACCGAUGAGGAUGCAAAAGAAAGAGUGAGGGUCCUACAAAAAGCCGCACAUCUCCGCAAGGGAUACAGGGAGUUAUUCCAAGAGAAACUACGACCGGUCCUAAUGGAACGCGGACCUAACUGCCUGCAGCGACUCCGGCAGGCUUACGCCGAAGCGCUGGAUAAAGACCCGGAUAAGGAGAGGAUGUUUGAUCGGUUGAAGUAUGUGUCUUGUGAGGAGUUUAGGACGUGGGGGAGGUUGAGGAGGAGUUGUGAAGGGUUGACAAGGCCUUACUCGCCGGAGGUGAUGUGGGAAGACGAGAAGGAGAGGGAGGGGAAGUACAUCAUCUUCUUUUCCUACCGAUGGAUCAACAAGGACCCUGGGAUGCGGUUGUCGGAUGACGAGCAUAAUACCCAGUACAAACGAAUGUCGGAUGCCGUUCGGCUGUUUCUGGAGAGACAUCCUGAGGUGGCAAGUGAGAGAUUGUGUAUCUGGAUGGACUUCGCCUGCGUAAACCAAGAUAACCCCUCCUCAGGCGUCGCCGCCCUCCCCAUGAUCCUAGUCCAAUGCGACGCAGUCAUCAGCCUCGUAGGCGACGAGUACCACGAGCGAGCAUGGUUCUCUGUCGAAGCAUUGAUGAUUCAGACGCUGAAGAAGGCGUAUGAUGUGCAUUUGUGGUAUGAACACGUUGCAGCGGAAGAUGAUGGAGGGGAAAGACGUGGGGGCAAGAAGCGGAAGUGGACGUUGCGUAGGACGCGAACGGAUAGGGAUAUCAACUUGGCGGAGAACAACCAGAGUGUGGAGAGUGAUCGACCGAGGGUGAUGUUUUUGGAGAGACAGAGUCGACUUCUUGGUUAG